GACUCCCAAGUGCACAAGACGGCCUCCACGACCCUCGAGCUCAAGACCCCCGUGGUCGUACUCACAGCCAAGGACCUCAUGAGGGAGAUGGAGUGGCAGAGGCUGCCCAAACACAUUAAGAGCAUCACGACCGUCAAGAUGCCGAAACAAUCAAUGAUGAUCCCGGGCUCGAGUGCGGGUUCGGCGAGCAGGGCCGAUUAUGGCGAGCUGUUCUGCUUCCGCGACCCCUCUAGGCCCUUUCGUGAGGGGAACCUGGUGCAGACCAUCGGCGUUUCGAUCGAGCAGUCCGCGUUGGCUGAGCAGUUCUGGGGUGGCCAAGCAUGCAAGAUGGCCGAGAAGACCUCCCGCGAGUUAGACGUGCAGCAUGGCUUGAACGGCGUGGCCGGCACUUACCACACCAUGCAGACCCUCGACGAGUUUAAGAAGACAAGGGAGGUGAAGAAGCUACCGCGCUCGAACCUCGGCGCUGAGGGUGAGACGGCGGGAGGAGGAACGGUCAUCGUCGAGGACGGCGUCAACUCUGAGGACGAGGAUGUGAAGUUGGAGGCCGCCGUCGACGCGAGUGCCCUGGCUCAGUCGCCCGACGGGGCCUCGCAGAUUGACGACAAUACCUUCGCUGAGCUGGUCAACGAUGCCCGAGCGAACCUGAAACGGUCAUCCUCCUUGUGCACCAUGCCUUAUUACGACGGCGAUAUUGACGCGGGCGGCUCCGCGGCCAAGACAUCCCGCAGGUCUGGUGCAAGCGCUGGAGAUCCAUCCCCAGGUAAGACCCCUUCAUGGUGCGGCCAGUCGGCAGCGGGCACCGCCUUCGGCGACGGAGACGAAGUGCAGGACUUCAAGUUGGAAGGGGAGGCGCUCUACCAGAGGAAGCUCAGCCGCUUGCCGUUGACGAGGAUGAUGGCGGAGGACAUCAAGGGGGGCUGGGGCCGCGCAGUCGGGGGCGCCGAGAAAGCCAUGAAAAGGUUGGCGUCCGAGGAUGAGCACAAGGUGAUUGGCGCCAAACUCCAGGACCACAUUGAUCUUGCCAAUGAAUGCUUGCAACUGCUGCCCGCGUCGUUACCGACCCUCCCUCGCGAGAAGGUGCUCAGAAUUGCGGCGAACCUGAAGGCCAAAGGCGUUGCCAUCGCGAUUUCUACCCAGAUCUCUUUGACAGUGAAGGAGGCGGGCCAUAUCAUCCAGAUGUACAUUGAGCCCACGAGACUCCACGUAACGGAUCAGCAGGUGGGCUCGUUGCUUCGGACUCUCUUACCCUUCACUCUUGAGGUCAAUGAGGUUUUCAACCCAGAGCACCCGAGGCUCGCCGCGAUCGAGGUCGCCGAUGAGUCGAAGUUUGACACGUGGACGAAAGUUGUCUUGACAUCUUUCAUCGUUCCCCGCAUCUACGACGGAAAGGAGUACAGCAAGCACGUUCAGUUCUUCUUUCAGGCACUCGGCAAGCACUUCAAGCAGCUCGACAAGCUGGAUCUCAACGGGCCCGAGGCUCAAAUGGUCAGCGAGGUCGAAGACAUCAACACAGUAUUCGAUUGUCUAUCAGGGGGGCUCGACCAGGCAGCGGCAAACUCCAGCAUAAUCAAAGAGUUCAUCGAUGCCUCGAAGACUGAGGGCUCGGGGUGGUGGUUGUCAGUGGCCAGCGCGUGGAUGCGCACGAACUUCUACAAGGAGCAGCUGGAGAAGAUCCAGCGCGACAUGCCCUUCAUGGAGCCCGUGAUGGAGGAAAUCUGCAAGAUCAACGAGAAGCUGAACAACACAAGCAGCUCGGUCAUUGGACAGGGCUUGAAAGACGCUGCGAAGCUAUUGACCGACUAUGCGGAUCACGCUGGCGAUUGGUUGAAGCCGUUCGCAGAGAGCAUCAAUGGGAAAGCGCAGGCAUGGUUCGACAUGAUCGUCAACGUGGAGAUGCUGUUUGACUACAGCGUGGACAGCGUGCAGGACGCCAAGAUGACCGAGGCCAAGGAGGUUACAACACAGGCGGUGCAGGAGAUCGUGCACGAGCUGAGCUUAGCUUUCCCGAUGGGCGAAUGGACGCACGACAUGACUGCGAGGUUGGGAUCUCUGCUGAAAAGUGCUGCCGAGGCGAGGUUCACCAAGAAGUUCGAAGCUGUUUUCGUCGGCAUCAAUGGCGCCCUCGAUUCCUCCAACGCCCCGCCAGAAGAUAGUCACCAUCAGUUAGCCUCUGUGCUUGUCGAGGCGAGGGUCACCGAGCAUUUCUUCCAGACCGAGACCCAGGGCAUACUCAAGGAUUGCAUCGUCAAGGUCAGCAGCAUGAGGGUCGAGCUUCUGGAUUUGAAGGUGCACCAUUUUUUUGAUUCGAUUGUCGAGACGUUGCCUUUCUACUACGGCACCGACCUGGUCCAUGAGAAGACGAUCAUCCAAGCCAUCCAGUCCGCGUUGACGUGCAUGCAUGAAACCAAACUCGCUUCAGACUACUACAACAACGCGGAUGGCUGGGACCCAACGUGGGAGAAGCGCGCUGAGACGUUGUCGCGCGCGGGGCUUCAUCUACGUAAGAUCCUCGCCAAGUUGAAGUUCUACCAGGAGCCGCAGGGAUCCCAGCCCUCUGAAAGCAAUGCGCCGGUGUGCCAGGACCUGGCCGACCACCUUCUGUUGGCCAUGGACAGGUCCACGUCCAUGCUGAAUACAUUGGUGGAGAAGGGCAGCGAGUACACAGUCGAGGAGCUGCACGCGAAGUUCGCGACAGGCUUCGCGAAGCUACCCGCAGGCAAGAUGAAGGCCGCAAUCGAGGAGUGCAAGGAGAAGCUCAAAAACACACAGAAGCUGGAGACCAUGUUCAGCAUCGAUCUCAAGAGCAAGAACAUGGCUGAUGACAUCAAGGCUGCCAGCACUACGAAGCUCACCUGCGCGAUGAUCAAUGAGGUCAUGAAGAUUAAGAAGGGUAGGGACAAGGACGUGGACAAGAGACGCGAUGCUGUCCGCCAGGCGAUCUUGCAGCUGCGGGAGGUGCACGGGCUGAAGAAGGGCGAUGACUACACCCCGUACCUGCCGAAGGUCUUGGUCGUCGAGGCCGAGUCGGUUGUGGCGAAGAAGCGG